UUCGCCUUUUGAAGAAUGGCUACGUUUGGUAAAUUUGCUAUUCGGGCAUUAAAUUUAAACCAAAAUUUGCGACCUUUACAAAGAAAUUUCCAUAAAUUUCAAAGCACAAAAAAUGUGCCAAAGAGUUAUUCAAAAUAUUUAGUGUUUGUGGGCGGCGGUGUGACUGCGUUAAUAUGUGCCAAUUAUAUGAAAUCGGAACGAGUGGGUGCUUCUAUUCGCAUGCGAAAGGCCGAAGACGAAAAUUUGCUAAAGAAACUGACGUCACGUGAGCGGCGCUUCAUCAAGUUCGCAUCGGUCGAGUACCAAGGGCAAUUGUAUAUGACGCCUCAGGAUUUUCUGGACUCUGUGGUUGAGCAGGAGCCAAGACCACGUUUGAAACGACGCGCCUUGAGCGACCAGGAUUUGCAAGUGAUAAAAGACAACACACCUCCUUUGAAGAAGGGCACGAAAAUGCUGUUUCGAACUCUACGUGACAGAGGCAUUGUCUCCUACACAGAGUAUCUCUUCCUCUUAUCCGUUUUAACAAAACCCAUUUCCGGUUUCCGCAUUGCAUUUAAUAUGUUCGAUACUGACGGUAAUCAUCGCGUUGAGAAGGACGAAUUUCUAGUGAUUUUAAGAAUUUUGGGUGGGACGUUCAAGCAGUCCAAAAUCGAUGAAGAAACACGCAAACUUUUGUUAAGUUUAAUUUGGACUACAGAACCUGCAGCAGAUAAGCAAAAACCACCGAAAACCACCGAGAAACAGCCACUCAAACAGAAAAAGAAAAAUAUGGAGCGAAUUUUUAGUGGAACUUGGAAGGGUAAACGAAGUUCAAAUGGCGAUCGAGAGAAAAAGCAAACGAGAGAGGAGCCAAUAAACCGCACACAGGACGACUACAUCGAUGACGACGAGGGUCUGCAACGCAAACACCGCAUCGAUACCACUUUACAAAUACAUUUGUUUGGCAAGAAGGGCAAUCAGGAUCUCAAUUACGAUGGAUUUUACAAGUUCAUGGACAAUCUGCAAACGGAAGUGCUCGAGUUGGAGUUCAAUGAAUUCUCGAAGGGCAAUGUUGCGAUCACCGAAAAUGAUUUUGCCAAAAUUUUGUUACGCUACACCUAUUUGAAUACGGAGGAGUAUGAUGCCUAUUUGGACCGUUUAAUGGAUCGCGUUAAGGAGGCGCGUGGCAUAACAUUCGACGAGUUUCGUGACUUUUGCCGUUUUCUCAACAAUCUGGAGGACUUCGCAAUUGCUAUGCGCAUGUAUACGCUGGCUGAUCGUGCCAUCUCGCAGAGUGAAUUCUCGCGCGCUGUGAAAAUCUGCACCGGCUUUAAGCUCAGCAAGCAUCUGAUCGACACUGUUUUCGCCAUUUUCGAUGACAACGGUGACGGUAUGCUUUCGUACAGGGAAUUCAUUGCGAUCAUGAAGGAUCGUGUGCAUCGUGGCUUCAAAUCCAGCUCCAAGGGCGAAGGCUGGGAUGCUUUCCGGCAUUGCGUGAAACACGAAAUGAAGCACUCCGAUCCGCAGUAGAAGAAGUAAAAGACACCAGCAACAGCCUAACAUCGAAUAAAAGCCAAGACACACUUUUUCCUAAAAAUUCAAGUGGCGCAUAUAAUGAAAAAAUAGCUAGCAAAAAAAUAACUACUUAAAUAUUUAAAAUUUAAUUUAAAAAAAAUAUUAAGACAGAACAUUAUUAAGAGAAAUACAUAUAUAUAUUGCGAAUAUGUAUUAAAAAACGAGUGAAGAGUGACCAAAUGUAGCGCCCAGUAGGCAAACCAAAGGUAAUUUAGCGAAUGGUCGUUUAGUAUUUUUUAUUCAAAAUUAUUUGUUUGUCAAAAUUAUUGUGUAAUUAUUUAUUUAACUGUAACUUAAUAUGAUUUCAACAUUUUUUAUGCUUAUGUGUACAUAUGUACAGCCAUGGACAAAAGUAUUUGCACAAAGUUGAAAUAAAUCGCAUGAGUUCAAGUGCUUGCUUUAAUGUGAAACAUACCGUUGGUGUCUUUACAGACUCUGACUAUCUCAACAACAACAACAUUUUUGUUUAACAACAACAAACAAAGGCUUUCUAGUAAACAUUGUAAAUACUUUGUGUAAAUACUUUUGGCUAUGAGUGUAUAUCACUAAUCAAAUGUUUCUAUAUCGAAAAAAAAUUUUUUUAAACGCACAGUAUUUAUUUUUUUGUGAAUUAUUUUAUGUACAAGCGCACAUACUUACACACACAUAUUUGUUGUUGUUGUUGUUGUGAGACUAAUUUAGCUUAAGGGGUGAGCCAGCUUUAGAGGCUUCAAAAAUCGAUAUUUUUUUUUGCAUAAAUAUCUUCCCAAACUAUCCAAGAAUGUGUCCUCAAAAUUUCAAAAGCAAAUUCAAAAUAUUUUCGUAGUUACAGAAGAAAUUGUGAGCAAGCGUCGAGCAGGUAUACGAACGGCCGGAUCGCUCGAAGUGCGCUUUCUCGGUUCUUUAUUUUUACGAUUUUUCCUAAUUGGCGGGAAAGAUGGGGAAAAAGUUAAACGUCCUAUCGAAACGAUAUAGCAUUGAUUGCAUUCGGAAUUAAAUUCUCUUCUAGUUGAACCUAAAAAACCUUAAGAAAGUUAUGAUUAACCCACUUUUUAAACAAUCUAAAGUGAAUUUGUUUUGCCAAAAAAAUUAAUUUUUUUUUUAAUUAGCGAAAAAUUGUUGAAUUUCUCACUUUUUGUUUAAUUUUCUUGGUUUAACUAGAAGCUAUACUAUACUAAAAUAAAAUUUUUUUUUGGGUUUUUGGUUUCUGAUGAAAAUUGCGACCUGCAUCUUUCCCGCCGCACGACACAUGCACACUCGAGGCGCCUCGGCAAGAUGCUUGUACCAGGCAUAAUAUGACAUAUAUUUUAAUGAAAAAAUGUGAGAAGACUGUUGAAAUAUAUAACAAUAAAACCUGAAAGUUUCGUUUCAAUCGAAUAUUUCUUUCCUUCCAAAAAAAAAUCCACGAAACAAUCGAUUUUUUGAAGCCUCUAAAGCAGGCUCCCCCCUUAAACAUUUUUUGCGUUUACAGCAAUUAAUUCUGAGCUAUCAUAAAAAAAGUUAUUCAAAAGAAAAAAAUUUUUUGUUUAAUUAAAAAUUUUUCUGAAAUACUUGCUUCUGCCAUAAGUUCUGUUACAAGUUAAGUCCCUUAUAAAUAGCUAUGAAAUUGUAAUACUUUUUUAAUGAUGUUAGUUUUAUUUAAUCAUUUAAGUAUAAAAACAAAUUUAAUUUUAAUUCGAAAUUGUCACCAUUUGCUUUUUACACACAAUCCUUCAAACGAUUGGGCCAUUCAGCCAUUGCAGCACGCACGGUUUCCAUGGAUAUUGGCGUCGCUGCUCGAACCAAAAAUUGUUUGAGACUCUCCAAAUUUCUGUGAGGUUUUCGACCGCCAGCCAUGUUCUCCAAUUCUGACCACAAACUGUAGCCCAAUGGAUUCAGAUCUGAACCUCCACAUGACCAAUCUUCUGCGGCUAUGAACCCAGGAAUAUUGUUUCUUAGUCACUGCUGGGUGGUUUUUGCCUUAUGGGCUGGAGCGGAAUUUUGCUGGAAGAUCCAACACUCUCCAUUGAAGAGAGUACUGAUCAACGGCUUCACCACACCUUCUAAGACAUUCUCCUGGUACACUUUUACCACAGUCUUAACCCGUUUUUCGCAAAAAUAAAGAGAUGUAACGCCUUUAAAAGACGCUCGCCACCAAACCAUUACGGAGGCUGGAUGGUGGCUACGCUGAACACUUGGAACAACAUUUUUUGCGUCUUUAGAGGUUUUAGCAUAGAUUUUGUAGUUUUGCUUAUUAAAAACUUCCUCAACAAUGAAAAAUUUCUCAUCUAUGAAAAAUAUAUUUUCAUGGUCAUUGACCGCGUGCCCCUAAAGAAGCUGCUUGCAUCUGCGGAGUCUAAUUUUCUUCAAGCGCGUUGUCAAAAGAUGAACAGUUGAGCGACGGAAGGCUUGCAUGUGGCGAUCAUCUCUAAUUAGUCUGGAUAUGGAUCUGAUCUAUACAUUCAUUUUCCUGGACAUAAUUUUCUGCUUUCUAAAGGGAUUUCUGUGAAUUAUUUCUGGAACGGCUUUUAUAGCUGCACUGGUUCGAAACACGCGAAGGACGAUCACUUCUUUUUCUGUCUGUCAGUUCAUACGUUUGGGAAAAACGAUUGAUCGAGCGGUAAACAAACAUUCUCUAUUAAGUUUUUUUAGCAAUUCGUAAAUCUCACUUCAUUGUUAACAAACGAAAUUUGCCACAAAACUGAGUAUAAUUUUAGAGUAGAGAAUGCAUACGAACAAAAGCAAAAAUAAGGGAACUUUUUUCUACGAAUUUAUUCUCGCCGUAUGCAUUGUAAAAUUUGUCACAGAAUUUAUGGCAAGACCAAGUACCAAGACUUAAGCUUCAGCUCUAAAUAAUUAAUAAUUGAAAUAUUGUACAAUAAUAAACCCGGUAGUUUAAUGUUGAACCGUAAAAUGACAAAGUCGAUUUGAGCUGUUUUACCAAAUGCUUACUGUUAAACACUCAAACAAGGUGGCGCAAAAUUAAUCAUCCUACCGGAAAAUGUAUAGUUUGUGCAAAGGGCGUCGCACGUCAAUCAUAUUUGACACUCGUAAGCUAGAAGACUGCAGCGACAGUUAAUAUCUAAUGUGAGUGAAAAGUAAUCAAACUAAUGAAAGAGAAGAACAAGAAAGACUGGGCAUUAAUUGUUUUGAUAUUUCGGAGCAGUUUGAGAAAUUGCAUUUUAAGAUUUUUUUUUAAUAAAUAAUUUUUGUAAGAAAUAAUUCGUAAUAUCAGGGCAGCUAAUAACUGUAUUUGUUGCCUGCGGUCUAUGUUUUACUGACAAAACUAUCCAGCUGUUCACUAAUCUGCAUAACAACCGGCUCUCACACUACAAAUUUAAUCAGAAUUAACUGCGCCGGUAAUCCCGUUUAACGCCGCCGUUUCUCUCUCACCAAAAUCUUUAUUUUCACCACUAAAAAAAAUUUUUUUUAUUGAAUUUAGUGAAAAAGUUAUUAAAAAAAUCGGAUGAUUAAUUUUGCGCCACCUUGUAUACACAUACACCCACAUAUAUAAGUAUGCUUAUGCGCGCAAAAAAUUGUCCAAAUUAUUCUUAUUAAUUUAAUAUUGUAUUAUGUUUUUAAGAAUGUUUGUUAUUUUAUUUUUUUUUUUUAUAUUUGUUAACUAAUUUUAGUUGCUUAAGUAUUUGUUUGACUACGAAUAUUUGUUACAUAGAAAUCGCUGUGCAGGCACUCAGCAACUCAACACUAAUUACACACAUAAACAUAAACUGCACGUGUGUUUGUGCAAAUCAAUUGUUUAUUGUUUUUUUUUUUUGAGAUAAAAUA